CGCGAGCUACUUUCUCGAUUCGGGUCGUCCGACUAUCAUAGCUACGAUGAGGCACUUUCACACAUCAAGCAGACAGGAAGUCUUCGAGACUACAUGAAAGAGUUCGAGCGACUCGCUUGUCGGGUGCGCAACUGGCCGAUCUCUGCACUCAUCGGGACUUUCAUAGGUGGGCUCAAAUUCGAGCUAGCCGCAGAAGUAAGGCUCGACCAACCACGGACCAUGCGCGAGGCCAUGGAAUCUGCGCGAAGGAGGGAUGAACACUUAACGACCACACGGAGGAUCGGGCGAGAGAGUGUGCGCAACUUUGAGCAACGGCGCGCGGAUCAACACUUGGACGAGCGCACAAUCAAAGACAGCGCGCCAUCAAACGAGAGCAACGCCCAUCCCAAACCACGACCGCCGAACAACUUUCGAACGCCACCUCCGGGCGUUAAACAACUCACGUUCGAGGAGAUGAGACGCCGACGUGAGAAGGUUCUCUGCUACAAAUGCGAAGAAAGGUUCACCCCAGGCCAUCAAUGCAAACAAUAUUUUCUGAUCGACGUCAUCGAAGAAGACGAGGAAGAGGCCUAUGAGGACCAGCCGAAGCAGCAAGUGAAAGAAGAUUUGGAGAUCUCGGUUAAUGCAAUGGCAGGCCUACAAGGGCCGAGAACAAUCCGACUGCCUGCCAUGAUCAAGGAACGACCAAUCGAGGUACUAGUCGACACCGGCUCAUCGCAUAACUUCAUUUGCGACAAAGUACCUAAGGACUUAAAGCUCAAGGCAACAAGGGUGGAACUGUUUGAUGUAAGGGUUGCCAAUGGAGAGCGGCUGAGAUGUCACGAAUAUUAUCGGGAAGUGCCCAUCAACCUGCAAGGUGAGAUCAUCAAAGCCGACCUCUAUGCACUACCUAUUGUGGGACCCGAGAUAGUUCUUGGAAUCCAAUGGCUUGAAGGACUUGGAGAAGUCACUACGAAUUACAAAAAAGGCAUAAUGGAAUUCUACUCGGGAAGCCGACUCAUCAUGCUAAAAACCGAACCGAAAGGAAUAAAUCGAGAUGCCGAGAUGAGGA